AUGAAAAAGAAGCAGGAAAAAUCAUUUGAUGCAGCGUCCAGUAGUGUCUCGACUUGUCCGUCUGGCUCACACCGCUCGACCGAGCGUGCGGCCGAAACUGGAGUGGAAUCCUCGUCAUUGUCACUCAGCAUCCCUUUUGUUUCGCGAAGGCACCGAAGGCGGUGUGUACCAUUCAUCUCAAUCACUUCACUUUACAACCGUCUGCAGACUUCCGGUGUUGUGCUUGUUGACUGUCGCAAAAGUUUUGAAUUCUCGGCGGGCCACCUUCCGGAUGCGUUGCACUUUCCGCACAUGAGCUCAAGGGCUUAUUUGCGAGCGCUGAGCUGUGCUGGACAGAGUAUUAAAUCGGUAGAUGAUCUGCUGGAAUUGAGUGAGAACACAAAAUUGCGUGAAAAGCUUGAAAUUCGAGACCUAAUCGAAGUUGUAAUCAUCGGUGGAAACCACACAAGUGCGUCAUUUCUGUACAGGAUGGAUUGGGGUUAUCGUUUUGCCAAGAUGCUUGCGAAUGAAGGUCGUGUUUUUUCAGUUCGAUUCCUGGCUCAAGGAUUUCCCGCAUUCGCAGAAAAAUACAAUUUCAUGUUAGUGUCGUCACCAUUGCGAAUACCAACAGAAAUAGGGACUAGACCACAGAAGGCGUUUACAGAGACAGCAAUGUCGAGUCCGUCGUCGGCGAUGCACUAUCCAAAUGAGAUUGUAGACGGAUUUCUCUAUCUAGGCAACUUUUGGCAAGCCAAUUCGUUGAAGGUCAUUAACGCCUUGCAAAUAUCUCAUGUUGUAAAUAUGGGUGCGAUAACCGAACAGCGAAACAAGUUCAAGCACGUGAAGUAUUUUGACGUUUUAAUUAAGGAUAAUGUGGACGUGAAUAUUGCACAAGAGUUUGGUCCUACAAUGAAGUUUAUUCAAAAGGCGGCGGCGGAGAACGGUCGGGUACUCAUCCACUGCGUCCAAGGCGUUUCGCGUUCAUCCACGAUUUGCAUUUGGUAUGUUAUGUUACAAACGAAGUGCACUCUAUCGGCUGCGUACAGUCACGUACUUAAGUGCCGCCCCCUUAUCUUUCCGAACCGAGGCUUUAUGGCUCAACUCAUCGCAAAUGAGCGGUUACUAUAUGGUGAUCAGAGCGUUAUGGAGGAUGAGUUAGAGCUGCUGCAGAACGGGCUGCUGCCGCCAAUUGACCGCAUCGGCUCAGCUUUGUGCCAAACAUUUCUCUCUUAG